AGUUACGCAAAAGUUCAGGGAAAAGAGACAGAAGUAGUCAAGCAAAAAAUUAGUAGAUGGACUUAUUUUUAUAUCUCAAUUACAUUAAAUGCAUUAAUAACUUUUUCGCUUGCAUCUUAUUUCUGCAUCGAAAGAUUUGGUCAAUAACUGGCAACUUCUGUCCAUAAAUUAUGGUGCCAGCGGAGAAAAUGUUAUUGGUGGAAUAACAUUACAUCGUUUUUUAUUCUAUGCAGUAUGAAACAUCAGUCUGGUGGCCAGAUUUAAUAAUGAAUUAUAAACAUGUUGUGGGCAGUAUAAAUAAAAUAUAAAUAAAAUUUGUCCCAUAUUUUUAUACCACGCAAUCUAUCCCUCCCAAUAAAUAAAACAAUUCGCUCAACCUCCAUUGUUUUGACAUGCUGGUGUAGUUUAGUUUGAAAUUACAUGUGAAGUUAAACCUGUUUUAGUCUCCCUUCUUAUUUAGAAUAAAGGUCAUGGCUCCUGCUGUGUGGUGGGAAAGUGACACACAAAAGUGACCAGGAACUACCCAAAUCGAAGGUUCCCAAUCGAGACAGCCCAGUAACUCAGAACCAGGAACUAGGUUCCGGAACAUCGGUGGAAAAGCGCCUUAAUGCUCUCGACCUGCUUUUAGGCAAUGGAGGGAUCCAUGUUGACAAUCAGCCUGGGAAUUUGGAUGGAGCUCCCUGGGGUAAACUAUAGAGAUGUUGCAACAGGGAAGCAAAGGGGAAAGGCAAACGACAGAGCCACGCCAGAAGACAUUUCCUCCUACUACAGAAACUAUGUGAAGUUCAUGGGUCUCCAGAAGAAUUUCGUGGACAAUGUAUAUGUGACCUCUGUACAGAAGCUUCACAGGGAGCAUGAGGGGGACGCGGUUGAUGGAGAAAUGGAGCUACGAGUGAAAGGGGGUGCCCCCAGCGUGCCAACCAAGGCUCUUUGGGAAGUCAGGGGCUACCAGAGUGUUCAAGGGGACACCCACAUGCCGUUUAGCCUCUUCGCAGAAAAUGUGGUUCUGGCCACCGGUGCCUCUGACUCUCCAGCCAGACUGGGAGUGGAAGGGGAGAACUUGCCGUUUGUCUUCCACAGCAUGUGUGCCCUGGGGGUAGCCGUCAGAGAGCGUAGCCUCGGCCGGGACUCGGACCCAGUGCUGCUCGUGGGCGCAGGGUUGAGCGCGGCCGACGCCGCGCUGUUCGCCCACAGCAGCGGAGUCACCGUGCUGCACGCCUUCAGGAAGUGCGUGGACGACCCGGGGAUGAUCUUCAAGCAGCUGCCCAAGACGAUGUACCCUGAAUAUCACAAGGUCUACCACAUGAUGUGCUCACAGAGCCACACUGCCACUGCCUCCGGCCUGUUCCCAGACUACACCAGUUUCCCUGAGCACUGUGUCGUCUCCUUUCAGCCUGAUGUAAAAUGCGUGCUGAGGAAUGGCAACAAUUUGAAGACCUUUAAGAUCUCCAUGGCCUUGGUGCUCAUCGGCACCAAUCCCAACCUCUUUUUCCUCAAAGAACAAGGCCAGUAUCUUGGUCUUGAUCCUCACAAGCCUAUUUCCUGCAAGCAGAACCCCAUUGACAUCCACCCCCACACAUUUGAGUGCAUGAAAGAGGCUAGCCUUUUUGCCAUGGGUCCUCUGGUUGGUGACAAUUUUGUACGCUUCCUGAAGGGCGGCGCUCUUGGCAUUGCCAGCUGCCUGAGAAGACAAAAGAAGAAAGGGAAGCUGAUUGCUGAUAGUGGAGGUGGGGGGAUAGCUUAAAUAUGGGGGUGGGCAGGGAAUGCGAGAAUGGGGCAAGAGCCUGUGCCAUACUUAUUGUUUGUAUGCUGUGCAGCCUUCAAUUUUUUUAAGUGUGCAACAUGCUUAAAACUUGAAAGUGUACAAGUGACUGUAGACUAGAGAUGCCGAAGGCAAAUUCUCAGUGAUCAAUCUACCGUACUGUGAAUGAUAAAGAUACAAGGUCUGAGGAUUCAGAGAAUUCGAUUUUAUUCAUCCUGAUGUCUCAGACGUGUCUCUGUUGCCCACCAACAGAUAAAUGUUUGUUUAGGGACCAGGCAGCUGAAUUAAGUUACAUGUUUUUUGUCUCACUGGAUUCAUUUAAACGACUCAAAAGACUCAGCAGUGCCAAUCUCAAUGCCCAGUUAUACCAAACGACCCAAGGUUUUGUUGGCGUUUUGAAAUGGGCCGACACCAGGUCUCAUUGAGGCCUCCUAUGCAAAUCUGUAUUUUUAAAAAAGGAUGAAUGUUAAAUGCAAGUUAAUGACUGGGGAAGCACACCAGAAUAUCCCUUUGUAAAUUAUUUAGUGUUAGAAGCUCUUGUUUGCAUUUCUCUGCUGUGCCAAAAACCUGAACGGAGGCUAAACAGGAAGGGAGCUCAUUGAUUUUUUUAAAAACUUGAUCAUUAAUACAAGCAGGUUGUGCUCCCAGUGUGCAAGGCCUUCUCUCUGGUCCUUGGCCAGUCCCUGCCUGGAAUCCACUAACUUCAAGCAACAAAUGCCAAUGUUAGUGUAGAAAAACAGAGUGCUAUCAACUGUCUACAGCUCGGAAUGUUUGCUCCUGAUUUAGGAAAGGCUUUAUCAUCUUUUUAAAUUUUUUCUUAUUGUACAAUAUCCCAAUUUCCAGCCCAGUUAUCACAGCUAACCAGUUCAGUAGGGCAAGAGAUUUAAUUAGUUCCAUUAGGGAAAUUAUUUGUUUAACAGACUAUUUCCAUGGUCAUCUACUGCCAAAACUGGUAGUUUCCAGCCCCCUUCCGGCUCCCGUUUUCACCCGUGACAAACCUGAUGUAGAUGAGAAGAUGAAGCACUGUGUUUGGGGCCCCAACAUCG